AUGUGUUGUGGUGGUGGUGGGUUGAGGAAUGGAAGCACACUGGAGAUGGAGGUCAAACUCGCAAUGGGCACAACUGUAGGAAAAGGCGGUGCCAGGGAGAUUGUAGGAAUUGCAGAAGCAGGAACCUGUAGGUGGGAGAAGGGAGGAGGGAGAGAGGGUGAGUUGAAGCUUGGUACACCAAAUCCAGAUGAUUUGGGGUACGUUGAUUCUGUGUCUAUGGAGGAAAUUGGCGGUGUUAGGUUGAAGCUUGGUACACCAAAUCCAGAUGAUUUGGGGUACGUUGAUUCUGUGUCUAUGGAGGAAAUUGGCGGUGUUAGGGUCACCAUUAUGAGAAAUGAAGAAGGUGGAACUCUGUAUGCACUGUGGUCCUACGAGGAAAUACCGAUAGUAUAUUGGAUGACGUUGAAAGAGCAGUUGAUGAUGGCAAUAUGCAGGGACAACCAUAUAGUACCUGGAGCUGCAGCUAUUGAAAUUGAGUUGGCUAGAAGAAUGAAAGAGUUUUCUUUUAAGGAAACAGGAUUGGAUCAAUAUGCUAUUGCAAAAUUUGCUGAGAGCUUUGAGAUGGUACCUAAAACCCUAGUUGAGAAUGCUGGCCUGAACGCAAUGGAAAUAAUAUCUUCUUUGUAUGCUAAACACGCAUCUGGAAACACCAAGGUAGGCAUUGAUUUGGAGGAAGAUGUAUGCAAGGAUGUCUCUCCCAUGAAUAUAUGGGACCUGCAUGACACCAAGUAA